UUUCCUCUUCUGCCUUUUCAACACCAGAUUUAAAAUGUUUUUGAUAUAUUUUUUGAUGGGGUUAGUAACCCAAGUGUCAGCUUUCGAUGCUUGCCCUAAAUGUGGCAGCAUGGAAGUCCCGUACCCACUAAGCACAGAUGACACUUGUGGAGAUCCUAGGUACAGAAUCUACUGCAACAAUGGCGUCCUAGAAUUCCUGUCCUCUGAAGGGUUCUACUACAAGAUCCUCAGCAUUAACCCUAGUGCUUAUAAGCUUGUCAUAAAGCCUCCCACGAUACAGAAGAACACAUGUUACUCUGCUGAUCUUGCUUUUGGAGGUCUAAAGCUUUCUGAGAACUUGCCUUUCAAUAUCUCUACUCAUAACACCGUCCUGUUAUUUAACUGCUCUGAAAGAAUUCUCUUAUCACCAUUGAACUGCUCAUCGACAAGUUUUUGUCGGCAGUACGAAGCAGAUGAAAGGGGAAGUGGAUGCAAAGGUACCCUCUGUUGCCAUUUCUUGAAAGAUGCAUCAAUGACACAACAUAGGAUUAGGGUGAGGGUUGGAGGGUGCACUGCUUAUACUUCUAUUGUGGAUUUGAAGCCUGGAGAUCCAGUUGAUGCAUGGAACUAUGGCAUUGAGCUGCAAUGGCUGCCUCCAAAUUUACCAUUUUAAUUAAUGUGCCUUCAUGGUACUGCUUGUGUGUGCUUCCUUCAUCUUAAUUUUCCUUCCUAAUUGUUGGGGUCUUUUUUUUAUUUAACUAGAGAACAAUUGUCUGUUCCUGUCAUUUCCUUCUUCUUUUUUC